GUUUAUUCAUUUUGUUUGUUUCUUUGUGCUUUUCUUUUAUUUUACGGCCAGUUAAAUUCCAAAUUUUAGGUAAAACGGACAUGAUUUCGUGCCAGCGACAUGCCCGCUAUUUGGUAUUCAAGAACGCCUUUGGGCGGCACAUAACUUUAAUGAGAGCUACACGUUUGAUGGCACACAUUUACGUGAGAAACAUGAGUGAGAAGACACAACCAGUCGUCCAGAAGGCCAAAAGUCAGCUGGAACACUCCUGCCUCAUAGAGUAUAACGCACCGACAAAUACUCGACGACUCUCGACAAUUAUCUGCACCAUAGGACCCGCCUCGCGUAGUGUUGAGAUGUUGAUGAAACUGUUGGAAGCUGGAAUGAAUUUGGCCCGUUUGAAUUUCUCGCACGGAUCGCACGAAUACCACGCGGAGACCGUGGCCAAUCUGCGCCAAGCCGUCGAGUGCCACUCCCAAAACCUGGGCUACCAAUUCCACUUGGGAAUUGCCCUCGACACAAAGGGACCCGAAAUACGUAUCGGUCUCAUCGGAGGCAAUGCCUCGGCGACUGUCGAGUUAGAAAAGGGGGCAACCUUUAUAUUAAGCACCAACAAAAAAUUCCAGGAAAAUGGCACGCAGGAGAGGGUCUAUGUGGACUAUGCGAACAUUACCAAAGUGCUCAAGGCUGGGCAUCGCGUAUUUCUGGACGACGGACAGAUCUCGUUGGUAGUAAAGGAAGUCCGGGGCGAAGAGUUGGUUUGCAAGGUGCAAAACGGGGGCAAGCUGGGAUCACGAAAGGGCGUCAACUUGCCCGGAGCGAAUGUGGAUUUGCCCGCCGUUUCCGAAAAGGACAAAACUGAUCUAAAGUUUGCGAUAGACCAAAACCUGGACAUCAUUUUCGCCUCGUUUAUAAGGAAUGCGAAUGGAAUCAAAGAAAUACGCUCGGUGCUGGGUGAGCGGGGCAAGAGCAUCAAGAUCAUUGCCAAGAUCGAGAACCAUGAGGGCAUGCAGAAUAUUAAGGAUAUAAUCGAGGAGUCCGAUGGCGUCAUGGUGGCUCGCGGGGAUCUGGGCAUUGAGAUACCCGCGGAAAAGGUCUUCCUUGCCCAGAAGACUAUUUUCGCCCAGUGCAACAGGGCCGGCAAGCCGGGCAUCUGCGCCACCCAAAUGCUCGAGUCCAUGAUCAGGAAACCCCGUGCAACGCGCGCCGAACUUUCCGACGUAGCCAACGCCGUGCUGGACGGUGCCGACUGUGUCAUGCUAUCCGGCGAAACAGCCAUGGGCGACUAUCCGGUGGAGUGUGUCCAGACCAUGAGCAAGGUUUGUCGCGAAGCCGAGGCCUCCAUCUGGUAUGAGAACCUCUUCACGGAACUGGUGCAGAGCGCAACUAACCAGCUCGAGCAGGUCGUCCUAAUAGCCGCCGUAAGUGCAGCUAUCCGGGCUAAGGCCAAGGCCAUUAUAGUUCUCACCUCGUUGGGAUUCUCCUCGUUCUCACUGAGCCAUUAUCGGCCACCGUGUCUCAUUAUAAGCAUCAUUUCGGGCGACAAUCGGAUUGCACGUCAGUCGAAUCUUUACCGGGGCAUCUGGCCGCUGAGCUACAAGGAGGACUCAACGCACGCUUCCAAGUCGAAGAAAACUAUCGACGAUCGCGUGGAUCACGGCGUCAAGCUGGCCAAGAGCGUGGGCAUCAUCAAGAAAGAUGAUGCCGUGGUCAUUGUCACCAGCAUAAAGUUUGGCAGCGGCUUCACCAACUCCAUGCGAAUCAUAAUCGUGUCAUAAAUUGUUUGAGCUCAUUUUUGAAAUUCGAUUUUAUUAUAUGUCUUCUGCCUUCUGUCUUCUAAUAAA